UUUGAUGAAGAUACACAAAAGACGGGUUUUUGGGACACGCGUCACACAUUCACGUUUCUUUUCUCUCUCUCGACCGAUGCUCUUCUCUCCUUCCCUCUCGACUCCUCGACGAAACCGACUGUCUCUGGUCAUCUCUCCUCGAAUCUUGUCUCUGUUUGAUGGGGCUCAGAUUCGCUUGGUGCAGUUCGGGACUGAUUGGCUGACACAACCACAUAGGUACUUUUGCCUUAUUGGUUUGUAAGCAAGGAUUGGCUCCCGCCUUGCAUCAACUGAAUCGGAGCCUCCGAUGGUGAAACGAGUCCAAUUAGAUCUGGAGAACAGUUUGAUUCAAGUUCUAGGGUUUGGAUUCUUACAAUCUUCAUAUGAUUUGAUUUCUAAAGGUAGAUAACCAGGAUAAAAGGUAAUUGGUUUAUGGAAAUCUUCUGGCUUUUUUUCUUUAAAUUGUUGAUUUAAGUUAAAAUCAUUAAUAAAAACGUAUGUGAUAUGAAGAAAAAACGGUUUGACAAAUCCACUGUAUGAUAUGAAGAAGAUAGAGAUCUCGUUACAUGAGCAAUCUCUUGUCUUGAUUUUCUCUAAGAAGGUUCAUCUAUAUUUUGAUUUAGCUUCUUGAUGAAAUCAAUGUUUAUCUCUAGUCUUAUUGUAGUAGAAACGCAUGUAUAGAGAUGUCCACUUCCAUCUCUUUAUUUCAAGACAGCUAGCUACACUUCCACUUCCAUCUCUCACAUGUAUUUUUUUCUGCUUCUUAUGGUUGUCACAUGUUUAUGUCUUGUAAUAGGAGCAUUGACUUGGGUUUGCAGAGAUGAUUAAUGGUUCUGCUUUGUUUUUUCUUUUGGUUUUGUUAAUGGGAUCAUCGGAGAUGGGUUGCAGAGAAACUGGGUCCUGACUUUGCAGGAAAGGAACUUGACUUAGUCACAUAGGCCGUGGGCACUACAAGCAUUAGGUGGAUGGGAGAAUGAGCUUGAUUACUGCCAAGAGCUCCUUGAAGCUGACGUCUUUAACAACUUUGCAUGGAAUCAGAGACAAACCUACUAGAAGAAUCCUUUACUCUUCUUCUUCUACAAAUCUCUCUCUCUCUGUCUCUCUCUCUCUAGUAGACUAGUAGUUAUGGUGACCAACUCCACAAUCAAAUUUCUCUGUAGCUACGGCGGGAAAAUUUUACCUCGUUAUCCCGACGGCAAACUCCGUUAUAACGGCGGUCACACCCGCGUCCUCGCCGUUCCCCGCUCCGUCUUAUUUUCCGAGCUAGCGUCUAAGAUGGCGGAGAUGUGCGGUGGAUCCACCGUCACCAUACGGUGUCAGCUUCCUACGGAAGAUCUCGACGCGCUCGUGUCCGUCACGUGCGACGAAGAUCUAGCGAAUCUAAUCGAAGAGUACGACCUCGUUUCCUCCUCAAUGAAGAUCAGAGUCUUCCUAAACCCGCCGAGAUCCGUUAAAUCAUCGACGAUCUCGCCUCCUCCGUUGGCUCUGCCGUCGUCAUCAUCUUCCACCACUUCCUCUAACUCAUCGAGUCCUAGAUCUCCGUCGCUUUCGAAACCACCGCUACCUCCGUCGCCGCCGAGGUUAACGACGACGGCGAAGAAUCAGUGCUACGGUUGCUACGUCCACCACCGUAGUUCGAGGAAUAUGUACCUCGUCCACAACGGCAAUCACUGGCAAUAACCCCAAGCCACCAAUCAGAUUAAUAAAAAAACAAAAAUAUAUAUGAAAAAUCGAAUCUAUAUACUUGAAAGAAAAAUCUUCUUGAUAUAAGUGUAAAAGAAAGAGAGAUAUAAAGGUGUACGUUAUCUCUCUGUGACGAUGACCCUCGCCAUUAAUGAAAUCAUCCUAAAAGCUUUUCUUUUGUC